AUGGGCGAAAAGUUCGGUUUUUCAACAAUCUUGUUGUUUGGUGCUCUAUACUUCAUCAUAGCAAGAGCUGAACCGGUUGAAGAUAAACAAGCAUUGCUUGAUUUCAUCAAUAAUAUCGACCACAGGCAGAAUCUGAAUUGGGACGCGAAAACUUCUGCUUGCAAUGAUUGGAAUGGAGUGACAUGUAAUCAUGAUAAGUCGAGAAUUAUAGCUGUUCGAUUGCCAGAAGUUGGAGCACGAGGCCGCAUUCCUACCAAUACUCUUGCGCGCUUAUCGGCUCUUCAGAUCUUGAGUUUGAGGUCGAAUGGUAUUAGUGGUCCUUUUCCUUCCGAUCUUUUAAAGCUCAGGAAUUUGACUGCUCUUUAUCUUCAGUUCAAUAAGUUUCAAGGUCCAUUGCCAUCAGAAUUUUCAGUUUGGAAACAUCUUUCGGUAUUAGAUUUAUCGAGCAAUGAUUUUAAUGGAAGUAUCCCUUUAUCGAUUUCGAAUUUGACUCAUUUGGCAGCUUUAUAUCUUGCUAAUAACUCGUUUUCCGGGAAUAUUCCUGAUCUUGAUAUUCCUAGUCUGAAACGGCUAGAUUUGUCUGGGAAUAAUCUUACAGGAGUUGUUCCUCAAUCUCUUCUUAGAUUUCCUCCUUCAGUUUUUGCUGGUAAUAGUAUUUCUCCUGAUAAGUUUUUGCCUCCAGCUCUUCCGCCUACUCUGUCUCCAAUUAGGCAUUCGUCAAAACUCAGUGAACCUGCCCUACUGGGAAUUGUUAUCGGUAGCUGUGUAUUGGCGUUAGUGUUGAUCGUGUUGUUAUUAAUGUUCAUGAUAAGAAAGAAAAAAGACAAUAAACGGACCACACUGAAGUCGAAUAAGAAUGACAUGUCUUCUGAGCAUCAAAAAGGGAAUGGGAGGCUCGUGUUUUUUGAGGAUUGUAAUAUUGUAUUUGACCUCGAAGAUUUGUUGAUGGCUUCUGCCGAGGUGCUCGGAAAGGGAACUUUUGGCACAACCUAUAAAGCAGCAUUGGAGGACGCUGGCACAGUUGUGGUAAAGAGAUUGAAAGAAGUUAAUGUCGGGCGGAAGGACUUCGAGCAGCAGAUGGAGUCUGUUGCAAAUAUUAGGCACGUAAACGUGGCAGCACUAAGGGCUUAUUACUAUUCGAAGGAUGAAAAACUUGUGGUAUACGAUUACUACAAUCAAGGAAGUGUGUCUUCAUUGCUACACGGAAAACACGGGGAGGACCGGUUUCCAUUAGACUGGGAUACCCGACUACGAAUUGCAAUUGGUGCAGCAAGGGGAAUUGCUCACAUCCAUUCACGGAGUGGUGGAAUGCUUGUUCAUGGAAAUAUAAAAGCCUCGAACAUUUUCCUAAACUCACAGAGAUAUGGCUGCGUGUCAGAUCUUGGCUUGGCCACGUUGAUGAGUCCAGUCGUGCCACCAGUAAUUCGAGCUGCAGGGUAUCGUGCCCCAGAAGUUACCGACUUCAGGAAGGUGUCACAGGCAUCCGAUAUCUACAGCUUUGGAGUCUUCUUGCUCGAACUUCUGACUGGAAAGUCUCCCAUCCAUGCCACGGGCACCGACGAGGUCAUCCACUUGGUCCGGUGGGUUAACUCCGUCGUUCACGAGGAAUGGACCGGUGAAGUAUUUGAUGUCGAGCUUUUGAGGUAUCCAAACAUUGAGGAGGAGUUGGUCACUAUGUUGCAAAUAGGCAUGAGUUCAGUGGAUAGAAAUCCCGAGAAGAGACCGAAGAUGGGCGAUGUAGUGAAAAUGUUGGAGGACAUGAGAAGUACCAAUGCAAGCAAUUGCCAAUCGAACGGAACAAAAUCACCAGGUUCAUCACCAAGUUUAACACCACCUAUGUCUGGUAUGGUGCACCAGAAGUCAUGGACACUGGCAGUGUCCCAGGCAUCUGAUGUCUUCAGCUUGGGAGUGCUGCCGUUUGAACUUCUCACCGGUGAGUCUCCAACAGAUUAUAGAGGUUGCUAUGAGGAUGGAGGAUUUGUCAGAUAG